CUAUAAGCAAUGGACAACAAGCCAUCCGACCCUGAAAAGAUCCCCAACCCCAACUCCGAACAAGAUCAAGAUGAUACCGAUCUCGAAGCCCAAAACCGUACUGGGCGCAUCACUUUCCUCCCAGAUGAGAGGGACCCUGUAACUCGUCGACCCCAGACACGGGGCAGAAGCAGUCGCAGCCGUCGCCGUUCUCAAAGCCGGAAUUCUAUCUCCAGAACGCGCUCUCACUCCGUUUCUGAGGUACCUAUUGAAUUUCGACGUCUGAGUUAUCAACUCUCAGAGUCUCAGAGGGUUCGCCUGGAAGACGAUCACGAAAAGCCUCGAGUUCAAACUGCCAAUAGCAGCAAGGAUACCAAAAUCGACAGCGCUGGAUCCUUUGAGAACCUCGAGUUUCACAGUUUGCCACCUGAAAUUUUGUGCAAACAGCUCGGUGUCAGUGACGCCGAUGGACUUUCACCCUCAGAGGCCUCGGAACGCCUUGCCCGAGACGGUCCCAAUGCCCUCCCCCACCGGCGAGAGAACUAUCUCCUCAAACUCCUCACGUACAUCUUUGGCGGAUUCUGUUCUGUGCUCUGGAUCGGUGUCAUCAUCUUCUUUAUCUGUUGGCGUCCUCUCGGUGAUCCAGAUCCGCAACCAUAUAACCUCGGUCUGGGUAUUCUCGUUCUCAUCGUCAUCUUCUUACAAGCCGCGUUCUCGGCCUUUCAAGAUUGGUCGACUGCCAGAACCAUGAAGGCUAUAUUGGACCUUCUUCCCGCCGAAGCUCUCGCCAUACGAUCUGGACAGUCCGUCCGUGUUCCAUCAUCGGAUCUGGUGGUUGGCGACAUUAUCAAAAUCAGCAUCGGAAACAAAGUCCCCGCCGAUAUGCGUCUACUCACCACCUCUGGCGACGUACGUUUCGAUCGAUCCAUGUUGACCGGUGAAUCUGAAGAAGUCGAAGGCGUCACUAACAUGACUGAUGAAAAUUUCCUCGAGACUCGCAACAUCGCCAUGAUGGGGACACUUGUUACUAAUGGUUCAGCUACUGGUGUUGUCGUAUUAACAGGCAAGGAUUCAGUUAUGGGUCAUAUUGCGCUUACCACGACAUCGGUGAAGAGUCAACCUACUUUGAUCCAGCGCGAGAUUAGUCGAUUCGUGAAGAUCAUUGUCUGUUUGACUGUUUUCCUCGCUGCUUUGCUAUUGUUCACUUGGGCGGGCUGGCUUCGCAAGGAUCAUCCCGCUUUUAUGAAUGUGGUUGCUAUGCUGGACGAUGUUAUGGGCUGUGUGGUUGCGUUCAUUCCCGAGGGUAUGCCUGUUGGCGUUGCUCUGACGUUAAUGAUGAUUGCUCGUCGCAUGAAGGACAACAAUAUCCUUCCCAAGGGUCUGUCAACAGUUGAGACACUCGGAUGCGUCAACGUCAUCUGCUCCGACAAGACAGGUACAUUGACCGAAAACCGCAUGACAGUCGUCACAGCGGCUUUUGUGGACGAACGCAUGUCCGCUGCCGACGCUGCUGCCGCUUACAAGGAGACGAACGCAGCGCCAAUUCGCGAAUUGCUCAAAGCAGCCGCCAUCUGCAACGACGGUACUUUUGAAGCUUCGACUAUGAGCAUGCCGGCAAUGGAGCGUCUUGUCCAGGGAAACGCCACUGACGGUGCAUCACUCAAAUUUGUUGAAUCAGUUGAAGAUGGUUCUUGCCAGCGACUGAGAGACGUCAACCCACGAGUGUUUGCUAUUCCAUUCAACUCCUCGAACAAAUGGAUGCUCACACUCCACAAACCGGAAACAGUCAAGACAGAAACAGAACAAGAAAACCAGAUUGAGCAGAUCGAUCGACCCAGUUUCUUGUUGAUUGUCAAGGGUGCAUCCGAUAUUCUCCUACCGCAUUGUACGCAAUAUUGGUCAUACAAACAAAACAGCAUCCAGAAACUCGACGAGAAUGCCGAAGCGCAACUGGCCACGCUACAAGAGCAAAUGUCUCGUAACGCCGAACGAGUCAUUAUGCUCUGCCAGCGAACCAUUACCCCUGUCGAGACUCAGGGUUCAAAUGCCUUUAGUGAUGAGAUUCGCGAAGAAGGUCUUUCAGAUUUGACCCUCAUCGGUUUACUCGGCAUCGUUGAUCCUCCUCGCAAAGAGACAGCGUCAACUGUGGCGUCUUGUCGCCGAGCCGGGAUUCGCUUCCUCAUGGUCACUGGUGACCUUGGUCUUACUGGUGCCGCGAUUGCAAGGGACGUAGGCAUCUUCUCCGGAACUGCGGAUCCAGAUACAAUCGACACAAUUAUCAGCCGACGAGAGUCCAGCAGCAGCAGCGAUGUCAACAGUGACUGGUCCCAAACAAGUCUUCUUCUCGAAGGCCCAUCUUUAUCCCAACUCACUGACGCCGACUGGGAUGUCAUCUGCGGAUAUCAAGAGAUCGUCUUUGGUCGUACCAUGCCUGAACAGAAACUGCGUAUUGUCAAUGAAUUCCGAACACGCAACUACGUUGUUGCCGUCACCGGCGACGGAGUAAACGAUGCACCAGCCAUGCGAGCUGCAGACGUCGGUAUCGCAGUCGUCUCCGGCAGCGAUGUUGCACUCGAAGCCGCCGAUCUCGUGCUCAUGGAUAAAUUCGACUCAAUCGUCGAAGCUAUCCGACUCGGUCGACUCGUCUUCCAAAAUCUGCAAAAAGUGAUCAGUUACCUCCUUCCCGCCGGAUCAUGGUCUGAAAUCUGGCCUGUGUUGAUGAAUGUCUAUUUCGGUGUUCCGCUCCCUUUAUCAUCUUUCCUAAUGAUUAUCAUCUGCGUGUUCACCGAUCUGUUCUUAUCCUUGUCUCUGAUCAUGGAACAAGAAGAAUUCGACCUUUUGGACCUUCCGCCCCGAAACCAUCGCAAGGAUCAUCUGAUCAACAUCAAAGUCUAUAUCCAGAGCUACCUAUUCAUCGGCGUCAUGGAAACCAUCUGCGCCCACGCCAUGUUCUUCCUCUACUUCCAAAAACACGCCGGCAUCCCCUUUCAUGCCCUCAUCUUCGCAUUUGAAGGCUACUCAGACGGAUUCUAUGGUUAUACCGCCGACGAACUCACCUACUUCAACACCGUAGGCCAAAGCGUCUAUUUCAUUACUUUACUUUUCCUCCAAUGGGGCAAUAUCCUCAGUGUCCGCAACAAACGUCUCUCAAUCCUUCAAGCGGACCCCAUCGUGCGCAAGGAGCGUCGUAAUCCUUGGCUCUUGGCUAGUGCAGUUAUCAGUCUUGCAAUUGCAGUGUUUGUCACUGAGGAACCGGGCCUGCAACGAAUCUUCCAGACUGCUUCGGCGCCGAUUGAGUUUUGGCUUUAUCCGAUUCCGUUGGCGGUGGGGAUUUUGUUGAUGGAUGAGAUUAGGAAGUUGGUUGUGAGGAUGUGGCCGCGUGGAUGGAUUGCUAGGAUUGCGUGGUGA